AUGCUCAAGUGCGAUUUUCCAUUUGCCCUGUCCACCUCCCCUUCACACAGAGAUCUGGAAUCCUCAGGUACCACCUCCAUUUCUGGACACGACACGCAUCCACCAACUACGACCCCACAAUUAUCCAAGGCCCAGGCGUUUGGAAUCGAUCACCUCCUGAAUGACACUCCACCAGGUGAGUUAGUGAUAACAUCCAGCAGAGUGUGUGAUCAGGCGAUUUGCUUGAUGACUGUAUCACAUUCUUGA